UUCAUGCGACAGACUCGCCGCCUAAUGUAAUAAUUUCUGUUCGACUUCGAUUUCCGUCUAAAGCUUUUCGACUAGGCUUUCUGUCGUAGCUCCUUCGUUGACCAUUUUCGUCCUCCCUGUGGUGUGAACCGGUUGGCUCAUCGGCUCCUCUCAUCAGCUCCGCCGUUUUCUUAGGCGCCUCAGAACUAGUAGCUCCUCUCAUCAGCUUCCAGUUCUCCCCUUGCCCCCCUCCCCACCACCCUUUAUUUUCGGAAAUCCUUUCAAUGAUGGCGAGUUGCCGGAUUUUGUCGUCCCGCUUGGCACAAGGUUCCGUUUUAGCUGCACCUCUCCUCUACACUCUUUUCCUGUUACAAGCACAGUUCACCGUCGCGCGUUCAGCGCGCUUACCUGGUCACCUGGGCGUCCCUGAUAACCUUGGAAUCCGCGUUUUAAUGCCUUUAACGAAGGGUUCUUAUGUCGAUGACGGAGUCAGCGACGGAUCACAGCAGCAUGACUCAACAACGGCACCACCAUCGAGCCGGGGGUUUUUGAGAAUUCACAAACACACCCUGCAAAACCAUGACGAUCGUAAUGACUUAGCAACGACACUCGUUCCGCGAGCCCGUGAAGUGCUUUUAACGAAGGGUUCUUAUGUCGGUGACUUAGCAACGACCCUCGUUCCGCGAGCCCCUGUUUGGCCGUUGAGGUUUCAAGUUGACUUCAGCGAGGAGAUGUACCUCCCCUGGUACACCCUCACAACUGAAGGCACCUGGCGGUACGACUACAGCGGGGAGAGGCAGCGGAUCGACCGGCAAGACGGACUAGGGGACAGAUACUGUGGCUCCGCCCUCCCGUUUAGGAGCACGCCUUGCUCACAACUGGUGCUCAACGGCUGGCGCUAUCUCGUGUUUCCUCAGGCCAAGUACUGCUGUCGCUGCUGCUCUGAUGAAAACGGCUGCGGCGUGGUGCGGCCUGACUGGCUGGCCGAUGCCACGUACGUGGGCCGGGACUAUGUGGGCGACAUCUCAACCACCAAGUGGAAGCAGCAAGGGCUCCAGAACAACUACUACUGGCACUCAGAGGACGACAUCCCAAUGCGCAUCUACAUGGAGCCCAUAGAGCAGAUGUCGUUUCAUCAUGACUCCUUCCUAAAACCCCACCGGUUUCCCAACGCCACAUUUGACCUCCCCUCGGACAUGGACUGCUCGCAGUUCUGCUACGGAUUCUGCGCUGUGGUCCGGCAAACCACGCUCUAAUGCGCCUCAGACUGUCCGUCACAGGAUCCGCCAUUGCCUGCAUGUGCUGUGAUGUGAGGCGUUCCUGGCCCUGGGGCGCCUUCAGAAACAUGUGCCCGCUGUGUGCCACCACCACCGUCGUGAGGGAGAUGCGCUAGAAACUGGUACGACUGCGAAUCCUGUUCUUUCCGAAGCACCACCAGCGCAUUGUGAGGCACUUCUGAAGCCGGUACCAUACAAAUACAACUGCAUGUUUGGUUCGGUAUGCCAAUCCUCUCAGAAGCGGCUCCACUGUAUUCUUCUCAUGGGACAGACUAGGUAGUACAGUACUAGUGCCAGAAAUGGUCCCACCCUCUCUCGAUCAACUGGGGCUCAGCUGUGUUAAUGGGGGAAGUGUGUUCCCACUAGAGUGGCUGGUUAAUGAUUGGGGUUUCCUUUCUGAAAGCUUUCCCGCUUGCAAUACAAUGUGACCUUGGACA